GUUGUAUUUAUAUUGCAAUUUUUUUUUUGCUUUGAUUUUUCUGUCGCCAAACUGGUGCGUGGCUGCUGCGCAUGCGUGUGAGCCAAAACUGACCGAACGUAUAUAAGCGAUUAUAGGGCCGGGCUGGCCAACAGUCAGCCGCGUUGCUCUACAUCGAGCGAGCGUUGCGUGUGUCGUGUGUGCCGAGAAUUUGUUUGACAACACUCGAAAUUCGUAUCGAAUACUUAACGAAAUAUCAAGUAUACGCGCAUACUUCGAAAGGACAUUCAAAUUGUGCCAAAAACAACAAGGAUUACAAUCACAUCGUGUGCAUACCGUGAAUUUAAGUCAAUUUAUUAUCCAUUCACAAGGAUUUAGUGCCAUUAACUUCAUAUCACAAGGUGGAUUAUUUAAUCUGUGCAGAAUAAGUGAAAACAUGAAGCUUCAUCUUUUUAUGCUGCUGAGCCUGGUGCUCAGCUCGGCGCUGGCAAAUCCCUCGCCCACAAUACCGCCCUGUGUUCAUGCGAGUGGUGCCAUUGGUUACUCGUAUCCAGCGCCAGAAGUCAAGUUCUCCAUAACGCCCGGCGUGACCAAGUACACUCAGACACCGGCCACAUCCAGCUACUCGGAGAAUGGUCACCUACUGCACGCAUCCGUUGGCAGCGGCGUCGCAUCCUACGAAUCCACUGCUGGCUUGGCGGGAUACUCACAUGGCGGCAUCACCCAGAUCGACAAGUAUGUGGCUCCGGUGCAGAAGUCGCUCUUUACGCCCUCGACCGAGUAUGGCGGACCGGGGAUUACCUAUGCGGAUAGAUCGCCAGCUGCCAAGUAUGCCACAACGGUGCCUUCGGGCAUUGAGCUCAAGAGUCUCGUGUCGCCAGCUUUAACCAAGACUGUGCUAACAGCUCCCAAGCUUGAAGCUGCCUAUUUGCCAGCGGCAGCACCUGCCUUGACUAAGGUUUCCACCUACUCAACUCCAGGCUACUCUUAUAGUCAAUCCACGCCAGCCGUCUCCAAGGUGGCCACUUACACCGCACCCUCGGCCAGCAGUGUGCCCUACUUGUCGCCCAAGGUGACCACCAAGGUGGAAACUUACACCUCUCCGGGCUACACUUACUCCAAGGCCACGCCUGGCUUCUCUAAGGUGGAAACCUACAGUUCGCCUGGCUACAGCUACUCGCACUCUUCGCCAGGCAUCUCCAAGAUUGCCACCUACUCCCCAUCGGUUGCCUACGGUGCUCCGGCCAUCUCCAAGGUGGCAAGCUAUGCUGCCCCCGCUCCCAUCUUGACUUCCUCGCUGCUCUCCUCUCACGGCACUGGCUACUCCAGCUCCUAUGCGCCUGCGCUCUCCAAGUCCUAUCUGCCUGCAGCUCCUGCUCUGGCCACUCCUUACCUCGCUGCCCCCGCCAAGGUGGAGAGCUAUGUGGCGCCAGCAGUCGCUAAGAUUGCCAGCUAUGCUGCUCCAGCUAUUUCCACUUAUUCGUCAGCUCCUGCUUUGACCAAACUCAACACAAACUAUGGUGCAAGUGGCUCUGGCGCCGUUUCCCAUCAAUAUGUCUCCAAGCCCGCCGUGGCCACCUAUGCAGCUGCUCCCGCUGUGACCAAGAUUGCCAGCUAUGCUGCGCCCGCAAUCUCCACUUACUCCGCUGCUCCUUCUGUGGCCAAGGUGGCAACUUACAGCCAGGCUGCGGAUGUCUCCCAUCAGUACAUCUCCAAGCCCAUUGUGGCUGCUUAUCCAGCCAAGGUGGCCAGCUACGCAGCGCCAGCUGUGGCCACUUACUCGACAGCUCCCGCUGUCACUAAGAUAGCCACCAGCUAUGGCAGCACAGGACAUGGCGCUGUCUCCCAUCAAUACGUCUCAAAGCCAGCUGUGGCAACUGUGGCCAAGACUGUCAGCUAUGCUGCUCCUGCUGUUUCUACAUACGCCACAGCUCCUGCUAUCACCAAGGUGGCCAGCUAUGCAGCGCCAGCUAUUUCCACUUAUUCUGCUGCUCCAGCUAUCACUAAAGUGGCCACCAGCUAUGGAGCCAGCGGACAUGGCGCUGUCUCGCAUCAGUAUGUCUCGAAGCCAGCUGUGGCCACUUAUGCAGCUGCGCCUGCUAUUGCCAAGGUUGCCAGCUACGCUGCACCAGCCGUGGCCACUUACUCCACUGCCCCAGCGGUCACCAAGAUUGCCAGCUAUGCUGCGCCCGCCAUCAGCACUUACUCCUCGGCUCCCGCCAUCACCAAAUUGUCCACUUCGUAUGGGGCUUCGGGGCACGGUGCUGUUUCCCAUCAGUAUGUGUCCAAGCCAGCUGUAGCCAAGAUUGCCAGCUAUGCUGCACCAGCAAUUAGCACUUAUUCUGCCGCUCCGGCAAUCGCCAAGGUAGCCACCUACAGUCAGGCAGCGGAUGUCUCCCAUCAAUACAUCUCGAAGCCCAUUGUGGCUGCUUAUCCCGCAGCAGCUCCAGUUGUGGCCAAGGUCGCCAGCUAUGCUGCUCCUGCUGUUGCCACCUAUGCUGCAGCUCCAGCGAUCACCAAGGUAGAGACAAGCUAUGGCAGCUCUGGACAUGGCGCUGUCUCCCAUCAAUACGUCUCGAAGCCUGCUGUUGCAACUGUGGCAAAGACUGUCAGCUAUGCUGCUCCUGCUGUUUCCACCUAUGCAACUGCACCCGCCAUCACCAAGGUGGCCAGCUAUGCAGCCCCCGCAAUCUCUACUUAUUCAGCAGCACCAGCUAUCACUAAAGUGGCCACCAGCUAUGGCGCCAGCGGACAUGGCGCUGUCUCGCAUCAAUAUGUCUCGAAGCCAGCUGUUUCCUCUUAUGCAACUGCACCCGCCAUCACCAAGGUGGCUAGCUAUGCAGCCCCCGCAAUCUCCACUUAUUCAGCAGCACCAGCUAUCACUAAAGUGGCCACCAGCUAUGGCGCCAGCGGACACGGCGCUGUCUCGCAUCAGUAUGUCUCGAAGCCAGCUGUGACUACUUACGCUGCUGCUCCGGCCAUUGCCAAGGUGGCUUCUUAUGCCGCUCCAGCUGUUGCCACCUACUCAACAGCACCAGCUAUCUCCAAGAUUGCCACCUAUGCUGCUCCUGCCAUCUCCACUUACUCGGCUGCACCAGCUAUCACCAAGGUAGCCACCAGCUAUGGCAGCACUGGACAUGGCGCAGUCUCUCAUCAAUAUGUGUCCAAACCAGCUGUUGCAACUGUGGCCAAGACUGUCAGCUAUGCUGCUCCUGCUGUUUCUACUUACGCCACAGCUCCAGCUAUUACCAAGGUGUCCAGCUAUGCAGCUCCUGCCAUUUCCACCUAUUCUGCUGCUCCUGCCAUCACUAAAGUUGCCACCAGCUAUGGAGCAAGUGGCCACGGCGCCGUCUCGCAUCAGUACGUGUCCAAGCCAGCUGUGGCUACCUACUCAACUGCUCCAGCUGUGACGAAGAUCGCCAGCUAUGCCACACCAGCUGUGGCCAGCUAUGGAGCCACAAUCUCCAAGAGUUAUUUGCCUGCUGCGCCUGCAAUCGUCGCUGCCCCAGCGCUCACUCCAAUUGUCAGCAAAGUGGCAACUGGCUAUGCUGCAUCUGGUCAUGGUGCCGUCUCGCAUCAGUAUGUGUCCAAGCCAGCGAUAGCCACCGUAUCCGCUGCUCCAGCUAUUGCCACUUAUGCUGCUCCAGCUGUCAGCCACAUUGCAGCAGCACCUGCCAUUAGUCACAUUGCUGCGGCACCCGCUAUUGGCCACAUUGCCACAGCUCCUGCUAUUGGAGCUAGCUAUGCCAGCUCUGGACACGGAGCCAUCUCACAUCAAUAUGUUUCGAAGCCAGCGUUGGCUGCUGUCUCCGCUGCUCCAGCAUAUCACACUCUUGGCCAGGGCUACUCUGUUGGCAAACUGGGUCUUGGCCUUGGACUUGGCUUCGGCGCAUCUGGCCAUGGUGCACUCACCAAGCUUACAACGGCACCUGCUGCAGCUCAUGGCUAUGCCAGCAGCACAGCUUAUGGCAUCAAUUCGGGUAAAUUAGGCCUGGGAGCAGCAGGUGGACACGAUGGCUCUUACUACGGUGCCAUAUCAUUGGGUCACGCUGCUGUGUCGCCAGCCCUCUCCUACCAUGGAGCACUGUCUCACGCCGCUGGUGGCCUGGCGCAUUUGGGUGGCGCUCCAUUGGCCGACUACAGUCUCGGUCAUGGCAUUGGACAGUUUGGAGCUGGAUUCAAUCGAUAUGCGCCCAGCGUAUCAGCAUUGAGUGCCCACGCCCCACUGUCAUCCACAGCUUAUCUGAAGUCAGCGCCGGUGGCUCAACAUGGGCUGCUCAAGGUGUUGCCAGAGAAGCAUCUGGAGCACUUUGAUGCUCAUCCGCGAUAUGCCUUCGAGUAUGCUGUGAACGAUCCUCACACGGGCGAUAAUAAGCAUCAGCGAGAGGAGCGCGAUGGCGAUGUGGUCAAGGGCGAAUACUCUCUGGUGGAGCCCGAUGGCAAUGUGCGCACCGUCAAGUACUACGCCGACUGGGAGACGGGCUUCCAUGCCGAGGUGAUCAACAGUCGUGAUCAGGGCAAGGUUGUGGCCAAGCGUCAGACGGCGGCCAAGUCGUGAGCGUGUAUCUUGAUCAGUGAUUUGUUUUGUUCGCCACGCAACUGUAAAUAGCCUACGAUUCAAUAUAUUUUUUCUCAUUAAACAUUAAACGUAUUUAUGAACAAACUCCGCAAUGACAAGAAUUAGACAGAAAGAAGAGGGCCGCCAUCUUGCACCAGCACGUUCCCCCGUUACCGUUACCGUUAUAAUUACCGUUAUCGUUAUCGCUACUCAUUAUCUCUGUCUUUCUUUUGUGCUCAUGUGAUAAGCUUUUCCAAUUGAACUGCUUGCGCUGCUCUAUCCCUCUCUUCUCUCUAUCUAUCACUCACUCUCACUCCGCCUCACUCAUUACAUUCACUACACGUUUCCGUAAAUGUGUGCGCACACACAUACAUACAUACGUCUAUAUGUAUAUAUACGUGUAUAUAUUGUGUAAAUUGUAAAUUGAAUAAACGAAAAACAUUUUAGA